AUGAGCAUUGCUGCGCUCCUCCCUACAACACCACGUCUCACCUUGCACAUUACCACCACGGCAUCCAACCUUCAACCAUCACCCUACCACACAGUCCUCACUCCGUCGCCUUCACUCAGUGGAAGCAGUGCUGCAAUUCGCCACGAGUCAAAGUCCACGCCGUUGAGAUCGACACUGCAACGCAUUGCUCACGACAGUAAACCCACUACUACUGCUACUACUACUACUACUACUACUACCACAUUAGCAACAGUGCUGCAAGCAGAAUGCAGUUCCCUCACUCCCAACCAGUUGUUCAAACAUACUGCCGCUCCUACUACUACUGCUGCUGCUGCCACUGUUGCUUAG